UUAGAGAGCUCUCUCCUUCAACAGACCCUUCCCCAGGGUUCUCCUCCCUGUGACCCAGCAGCCUGACGCCUCAUCUCCGCCGUGCUUGCUUACGAAUAAAGAACUCUAGUCGUGUGUGCACACACACCCAAACACACACGCGCGUGCACACGCACACACACACACACACACACGCUUUUCUGUUCCCCUCCUUCGCUUUCUAAAGCCUGGGGGAAGUCGGUGACAGAGGUGUUUCAGUUUGCAUUGUUGCGUGGGUUUUUCAUUUUCUUUUUAAGACAUUGAAAAGCAAUUAAUGAUCAGAUCUAGGAAAAAAAAAAAAAACAAACCCUGAAUAGAAACAAAACUUUUAAAUGCUGGAUUCAAAAAAAAAAAAGUUAUCUGGACAGCUUCUUUGAGACUAUUUAAAAACUGGUUCAACAGGUCUCUGCAACGUCAAGAUCUAACUAAGCUUUAAAAGGUCAAGAAGUUUUAUGGCUGACAAAGGAUUUGCUGCAGCACAGGCCACCUUUCCCACCUUAAGCCUCUGGGGAUCUGGGGGUUUCGCCCCCGUUCUCUUCCAUUGGUCUCCGUUGCCUCUCUCAGCAAGCAAGGGCUGGAGUAGUUUUCCUUUGUUGUUUUGAGGGAGAGCGGCGGGAGGGGGCCUGGGUGGGCGGGUGGGCAGGCGGCUCCUACCUGCCCGGCUCAGUGGGCUCAGUGGGCUCAGUGGUGGCUCUUUCCCCAUCUCCUGUGGGUUUUGCUUUUGUUGGUUUUUGUUUGGUCAUGGAAUAAGGCGUCCUUAUUUUAACAAAACUAAUUUUUCAACACGGAAGAGGGAGAGUGACCAUCGACAGCUUUUACCCCUUCUUUUUGUGCUGAGAGAACCCAAAAGCAUCCCUUCCACCAGCAAACCCUGGUAAUAAUAACUACCUGGCUGGUUUGCAGGCAUUUAUUUUGCUUUUUUUUUUUUUUUUUUUUCAAAUGGGCCCCUGGUUGCAUUUGUCAAGACAGUCCCCAAGGGUCACACUCUGACGCUGUCCCCUGAGUCCGUGGCCUCGAGGUUUGCUUCUUGCUGAAACUGCCUUGUGUAAUGGUUUAGUCCCUUGGUCACUGAACCCCUUGGAGGUGGUUGGACGGAACACAGUUCUGCCCAGCGCCGUUACUGCUUCGCGACGAUGUAUGCUGUGGUUGCAUUUUGACCUUUCUGGUGGUAAUCGCAUAGCUGGGAGUAUGGCCACCCUGCUCCACGAUGCGGUAAUGAAUCCAGCAGAAGUUGUGAAGCAGCGCAUGCAGAUGUACGACUCGCCGCACCGGUCAGCCCUCCGUUGCGUCUGGACAGUUUGGAGGACCGAGGGCUUGGGGGCCUUCUACCGGAGCUACACCACACAGCUGACCAUGAACAUUCCCUUCCAGUCCAUCCACUUCAUCACCUACGAGUUCCUGCAGGAGCAGGUCAACCCUCACCGGGGCUACAACCCACAGUCCCACAUCAUCUCGGGUGGGCUGGCCGGGGCCCUCGCCGCAGCCGCCACCACCCCCCUGGACGUCUGUAAGACCCUCCUCAACACUCAGGAGAACAUGGCCCUCAACCUGGCCAACAUCAGCGGCCGGCUGUCGGGCAUGGCCAAUGCCUUCAGGAUGGUGUACCAGCUCAAUGGCCUACCCGGCUAUUUCAAAGGCAUGCAGGCCCGUGUCAUCUACCAGAUGCCCUCCACGGCCAUUUCCUGGUCUGUCUAUGAGUUCUUCAAGUACUUUCUCACCAAGCACAAGCUGGAAAAUCGAGCUCCGUACUAAAGGAACGGGCCAUGGGCAGUGAUUCCAGAAUCUUUUAUUUUAAAAAGGCUUUUUCCUGCCUGCUUCCAUUCCCUUGACCUCACACCGAGGUUAUGUUGGUGGGGUGUUGGCAGGGUGGGCCCUCUGCUCCCUGACGCCUCAGAGAGCAGGGACAAUGGGACAGCCGCUGACUGGAAGGCCGUCCACAGGGACGUCUGAGGUGGUAGGUGGGGAAAGACUUUGGACGAGGAGUGAGGGAUGGCUUUUGCUCUCCCUCCCCUGACAGGAAUGUAGCUUUUCUGCCUCCCUGUAGCCAUCUCCUGCCCUACAAUCGCAGCUCACAAGGGAGGGGAGAAGAUGUGCAGUGACUGAAAGCAUUAAAGAAAAAAAGAGAAUUCUGUAUAUAAAAGUUCUAGUACACAGUACAAAAUAGAUGGAUAAUGUUUAUCCUUUAUUUUUCUAUGUAGAAGUUUUUGGGCGUGUGUGUGUGUGUGUGUGUGUGUGUGCACGCGCGCGCGUGUUCACGCCAGUGUGUGUGUGUGUGUGCGAAUAAGUGGUACAGCUGGGAAUAUCAAGUUGUUUUGUUUUUUGUUUUUUAAAAAGAUAAGAGGGCUGAAUUCUUCCAUUGGGUUAAGUGAAAAGGCACCAAAGUGAUAAAUUAGUGAAUGUGGCCUAAGAUUGUGUGGAGCCCCCAGAUGGAAGUUUCACUUGAAUGUAAAAUAAUAAAGUUUAUAUUUUGAAUUUACGUUGCAAACAAAAUCAAAA